GCAACCCAAGUGAAUUCUCCACAAUUGACAACAUGUGUUGUAACUUCUACGGCAGCUCCUGUGGCUCCGGCUAUGGCUGUGGAUACGGCUCCGGCUAUGGCUGUGGAUACGGCUCCGGCUAUGGCUGUGGAUACGGCUCCGGCUAUGGCUGUGGAUACGGCUCCGGCUAUGGCUGUGGAUACGGCUCCGGCUAUGGCUGUGGAUACGGCUCAGGCUAUGGCUGUGGAUAUGGCUCUGGCUAUGGCUGUGGAUACAGCUCUGGCUGUGGACGUGGCUGUGGCUAUGGCUAUGGCUCCUACUACAGGUCUGGCUGCGGUGGCUACCAACCAUCUUGCUACAGAAGAUGCUAUUCUUGCUGUUAGAACGCCUCUAAGAGAAGACCAGUUGCUUCUGAACUGACGCUCCUGAAGAUAAUGCUUCUUUAAAGACCAGUGACUAAGAUCUGUCUGUCUGAGGACUUAAAAGCCUUUGACCUCCAGCUGUGCAUCUUUUAGAAGGCAUCCUGGAAUCUGCAGCAUCACCUCCCUAGUUCUGUUUCUUGCUCUCUGGUUCUGUUGCCUGAAUGUGUUCGUGGCUGUAACAUCUGCAGCUGGGGACAUGAUUUGUUUUCAGUAAAAUGAGUCCUGGU